UAAAGUAGAGGGCGUCGUUGUCAGCUGUCAUGUCUAAGUUCAUUUCGGGAUCGUUCAAUUUAAAAGGGUUAAUAAAAUUAUUGAAAAAAAUUGCAAUUAUGAGCGAAAAAUCUGAUUCUGUUGUGAUAAUUAAAGCAAACCCUGUUCGUAAGGUAUUUAAAGCUCCAGUUAAAAUAAAUAAAAUACCUGAAGAAAUUUUAAACGAUCCAUUGUUAAAUGCAGCAAUUGCUGCGUUACCCUGUAAUUACAAUUUUGAAAUACACAAAUCAGUAUGGAGAAUUAGGGAAGUCAAAGCUAAAAGAGUUGCAUUACAAAUGCCUGAAGGACUUCUAAUGUAUGCUACAACUAUAGCUGAUAUUAUUGAAGACUUUACAGAUGCAGAAACUAUUAUAAUGGGAGAUGUUACUUAUGGAGCAUGCUGCAUAGAUGAUUAUACUGCAAAAGCAUUAGGUGCAGAUUUUUUAAUUCAUUAUGGUCAUUCUUGCUUAAUACCAAUUGAUCAAACUGUUGGUAUUAAAGUACUUUAUAUAUUUGUUAACAUAAAAAUUGAUACUUCACAUUGUAUUGAAUGCUUACAAGCUACAUUAUCAAUUACAACAAAAAUUGGACUUGUAAGUACUAUACAAUUUGCUGGCACAUUACAAGCAAUUGCAAUGGAGAUGAGAAAAAAUGGUUAUGAAGUAUCUACUCCACAAAGUAAACCAUUAAGUCCUGGCGAGAUUUUAGGUUGUACAGCACCACAGAUUCGAUGUGCUGAUGUAGUUAUCUAUGUAGGAGAUGGUAGGUUUCACUUAGAAGCAGCAAUGAUUGCUAAUCCAAAAUUAAGGGCAUUUCGAUAUGACCCCUAUGAGAAGAAAUUGACAGAAGAAUUUUAUGAUCACGAACAGAUGCUAAAAACUAGAUUAGCAGCAAUUGAACAUGCAAAAGAGAUUGGAAGAUUUGGAUUAAUACUUGGUACUUUAGGAAGACAAGGAAAUCUUAAUGUUUUGAAAAAUUUAGAAACUAGAAUUAAUUUAUUGGGAAAGAAAAAUGUUAUUAUAUUGCUCUCAGAAAUAUUUCCAGAUAAAAUUAAAUUAUUUAAAGGCGUUGAUGCUUUUAUACAGAUUGCAUGUCCACGAUUAAGUAUAGAUUGGGGAACAGCAUUUGAAAAACCUUUUCUCACACCAUAUGAAGGAGCUGCUGCUUUAAAAAUGAUAAAUUUUAAUAAUGAUAAGCCAUAUCCUAUGGAUUUUUAUGCUUCAGCUAGUCUUGGACCAUGGACUCCUAAUUACAAAGAGUCUGAAUUAGAAAAACAAACUAACACUUGUUGUGGUAAAUGUAAAGAUAAAACAUAAAUAAUAAAGAUUCAUUUAUAUUUAACUUAA